AUGCAGAUGGACUUUUUCAUACUUUUUGCAGGUGUGGACAACUUCCUCCUGACUGUGAUGGCUUAUGACCGCUUUGUGGCCAUCCGUCACCUCCUGCACUACAUGGUCACCAUGAACCCUUGGCUCUGUUCACUACUGCUUCUGGUGUCCUGGAUCAUGAGCGUCCUGCACUGUUUGUUGCAAACCUUAAUGGUGUUGCGGCUGUCCUUCUGCAUGGAGAUGGAAAUCCCCCACUAUUUCCGUGAACUUCAUCAGAUGAUCCAACUUGCAUGUUCUAAUACCUUUCUUCAUAACGUGGUGAUGUAUUUUGCAGCACUGUGGCUGGGUGGUGCUCCCCUGGCUGGGAUCCUUUAG